AUGAGUUGCAAUAGUGCUGUUUUGCCACCUGCUAAUGGUAAAAAGUUAUGGAGAGUCAAGAGAUCGGUGUCGUCUUCAUCCAAUUCAUCAAGCUCAACUCAAUCACAAACUUCAGUUGAAUGUCUCAACAACUCGUUAAAAAUUGCUGCUGCUGCUUCAAAGUUUUCUAUAAGGAGGCCACCAUUGAGAAGACCAAAGAACAAGCCAGGUAAGCCAAAGGAUUUUGUGUUUGUUGACUUGUCCCCAGUUAAAAACGAUGAAGAAGCUCAAGAACAAGGUAACACGUUGGAAAAUGAAGUCAUUGGUGGUGCUAAAUUUACUCCUUCUACAACUACCCUUACACCACCAACCCCAUUCAAUGAACAAUUGCCAUCACCAACAGUAUCCAUUGAAGAAUCAAUAUUUGAAUUGCCAGCUUUGAAUGAACUUGAUGAAUAUGAUGCUUCACAUACUAGUAUUGGGUCUGCUGAAGCCACUCCAACUGAAGAGAUGGGUUUGGGAAUUAUGAACUUGGAUGUUGACUGGAACCAACCUCAACCAAUUCAACAACAACAGCCACAACAACCACAGCAGCAAAUGGCACCAGUUCCACAAAUGUCACAAGAAUUCAUCUCCCAACAAUUGUUUGGUUACCAACAAGCUAUGUUACAACAACAUCUCCAAAUUCAACAAUUACAACAACAAUUGUUUGAGCAACAACAAAGAGCCAUUGAAUCACAAAUCAUCUCAGCUACUUCAACUCCAGCUAUAUCACAACAACCACAAUUUCAACUACAAUCGCCCUUAAAAGAACCAUCAGUCAAACCAGAACAACAACAACAACAACAACAACAACAAGCUCCAUCCUUAUCAGUCAAGAAGUCGAGGAAAACUGCCGGUCAGUUCCAAUUCAAGACAUACCAACCAAAACACCAAAGAUCACAAUCUGAAGCAUGUAUCAAAAAACCAGUUAGAAAGCCACACUACAGAUCCUACAGUGUACCAUUCACACCAGUCCAACAACAACAACCACAAAUGCAACAACAGCAACAACAAUACAAUGCCAUGCCUAUGCAAUCGGCUGAUUCUUCAUGCUCAGAUGUAAGUUUGGAUGACUUUAUGAUGCUCAAUGAACAAAUCUCAAUGAACUUGAACUUGAAUCAACUGAAUUCAUUUACUCCGGUAUCUGAAUACUCGGAAGAGAGUAAUGAAUUCGGAUGUGCUGGUAAACCAAAUGGAGUUUCUAAUGCAUGUGGAUUUGAAGAGUUAUUUCUACAAACUUAUUCAAAUAUCAAUGUCAAAGAAGGUGAAUUUGAAUUGGGUUCUUUUGUGAUAUAA